AUGGCGCUUGAGCAGUACCCGUACACCCUGGCCGUCGAGGGCGACGCGCGGCCCUGCCAGACCGACCCGGGCACCUGGCUGAAGGAGUCCCCCAGCGGGGCUUACACCACGGCCCGCACCGUCGACCAGAACAUGGUGCUGGAGCUCGACUUCCACAUCACGCGCCUGGCGACGUCCGCGCGGCUGAUGCUCGCCGAGCAGCUGGGCGUCGCGCCCGAGGCCGUCCCCGCCGCGGUCAACGCCGGCGCCGAAGACGCCCCCGCCCCGGACGACCGCCUGAGUCAGUUCCAGUGCCUGACGGACGAGGCGGAGCUCGGCCCGCGCGUCCGCAAGUCGCUGCGCGCCGCCGUCAAGUCGUUCCUCUCGACCCGCGAGUUCUACGGGGGGGAGUUGAAGCUGACCGUCCUGGUCACGUGGGACCUCGCCGCCGGGCCGAACAGCGUGCGCGUGCAGAGCCACGUCGCGCCGAUGGGCUCGCGGCCGGCGCCGCCCGUGAAGAUCGAGGUCAUGGGCGCGCCGCGGCAGAACGCCCUCGCGAAGGACUCGGAGUGGGUGAAGCAGCGCACGUCGCUCGAGGCCGCCAAGGCGAAGGACACGCAGGAGGUGGUGCUGGCGCACCCGGACGGCAACGGCGACCUCGAGCUGCUCGAGGGGCUCUCGUCGAACUUCUUCGCGGUCAUGGACGGCAAGGUCGUCACCGCGGACGAGGGCAUUCUGCCCGGGACGGUUCGUGCGGUUCUGCUGGAGGCGUGCAAGCGCGAGAACAUUCCCGUGGAGCUGCGCCCGCCGCUGCUGUCCGAGGCCCCGCGCUGGGAGGGGGCGCUGAUCGCGUCGACGUCGCGGUUCGCGCUGCCCGUGCACGAGGUGGUCGUGCCGGCGAGCACGCGUGGCGACGCAGGCGGCGAGGCGCAGCGGUGGACAUUCGAGCCGGUCGGGACGCUCGCGGGCCGCCUCGACGCGCUCGUGCUGCAGCUGGUGCGGGAGAUGAGUCAGACCCUGUAG